AUGAAAUCAACACACGAGAAUAUCAACAGUUUAAGUGAUUCAGGCAAGAAUGACUGUAUUAAUAACAAGGGAAUGAAUCAAUAUAAUAACCUGAACAGAGCACAACACAUGAGAAACGUGCAAAAUAUACGAAACGAAAAUUCGAGCAAUGUAUAUAGCUAUCGAAUGAAUGCGAAAAAUAAAAGUGGAAGAGAAGAAAAGGAUGUAGAAAAUAUAGGAGAUCAGAGAAUUGGAGGAGUAAAAGUAUCAAAGUAUGAUGAUUCGUAUGAUUCAAUAUAUACAAAAAGAGAUGUGUGUAAUUUGGGGAAAUUAAAUAAUGAGAAAUCAAACAUGAAUAGUAAUACUACAUCUGACAAUUAUAAGGACGACGAUUCAAGUGCUAUAAAUGCCGAAAUGGAUACGCCGAAGUCACAUAAUAUGUAUAUAAAAAAAUUAAACUCCACGUUAUCCACUAUGAAUAUUGAAGGGAAUAAUGAUAAUUAUAAAGGAACAGAAUUGAUGCAGUUACAAAAUGGGGAUACAGAAAUGGAACAUUUUAAUUAUAAUUACAUAAAUAAAAGAAUAAUCAAAAAGAAAAUUAACAGGUUAGAUGACAGGAUUAAUAAUCAUUUGAGCAAUAAGCAAUUUUGUAACGAACAAAGUGAUAAUAAAGAACCAUUUGAUAAUUCUUUUUAUCUAUCGGAUAAUUCAGAAGAAUUAAGCACAGAUGAAAAGAAUAUCUCUUUUAUUAAAAAACUGAAAAUGUGUUUUAAUUAUUUUGGACCAGGUUGGAUAGUAGCAAUAGCUUAUCUGGAUCCAGGGAAUUUAUGCAGUAAUUUAAAUGUAGGAUUAAUAAGAUCAUCAGAUGAUAAUAUGAAUAAUGAUAUGGUAAAAGAUUAUACAGGCUAUCAUUUAUUAUGGAUUUUAGCAUAUGGUCAUAUUCUUGGUUUUAUAUUUCAAGUAUUAUCAAUGAAACUAGGACAUGUAACUGGAUUAGAUUUAGCAUCUAUCUGCUACAAAGAAUUUGAUAAAAAAUAUUCGUACAUUUUGUAUAUCUGUGUUCAGAUAGCUAUAUGGGGUGCGCAUAUACAAGCAAUUGUAGGGACUUUUGUAGCUAUACAUUUAAUUUUUGGAAUAUCUGUCAAAGUUGCGAUUUUAUAUACUUUGGUAGAAGCAUUAAUAUAUAGCUUUUUAGAAAAUAAGAGUCUUAGUCUUUUAGAAAAUGUGUUAAGUUUACUUAUUGGAUUAUUAGCCCUUUGUUUUAUUGUGAAUGUUUUUAUGAUUCCUAUUAAUUACAAAGAAGUAGCUUACAGUAUUAUAUAUCCAAGAAUACCAGCGGGGAAAGGAUUUGAUGCUAUGGGAUUGUUAGGGAGUAUCAUAUCAGCACAUGUAUUUUAUUUACAUACAAAUUUAACUUCAAAAAAGAAAUCAGUAAUAUUUAAUGAUAGAAUGUUAAAGAGAUAUAACACGUUAGGAACUGUGGAAUCUGCUUGUUCUUUGUUUCUAUCAUGUGUUACAAAUUGUAUUAUUGUACUAACCUUUGCAGAGGUUAAUAUAAAUGCAAAUGACAGAAGAGAUGCAUAUAAUCUUUUUACAGCAUAUGAAGUUAUGAAAAAGUCAUUUGGUAAAAUAUCUAUGUAUAUAUGGUCAUUUGGUUUGCUAAGUAGUGGUAAUAAUUCAAGUUUUAUGUGUGAAUAUGCGUCGAAAUCUGUAGUGGAAGGAUUUUUAAAUAAACAAAUUAAUACCUUUUUACGAGUACUAUCAUUCCGAUUUUUUCUUUUUUCAAUUAUGUAUUUAUUCUUAUUAUAUGAUAAAUAUAGCAUUGAUCAGUUAACAAAUUUUAUUAAUGUUAUCCAAAUCCUUCUCUUACCGUUGGCGAUUGUCCCGCUAUACCGAUUUAGUAUUCAUAAAAAUGUUUUAGGAAAAUUUGCCUUAACAAAGUUUUCAAAAUUUUUUGUUUUCGUUAUUGUUAUUUCGAUAAUAAUUGCAAACCUUAUGUUAACAGUUUUUGAUUUCAUCCAAAAAGCGCCAAGCAUAUAUACUGUUUGUUUUUCCAUCAUUUUUUCACUGCUUUAUUUAUCGUUCAUUUACUUUUUUUUUAAAUUACCAAUUACCAAGACCUACUGUCGUCAGUUUUAA